AUGCCGGCUUCCUUGUCACCUCCCCGCACAUCACCACCACUCACCCCCCCUCAGACCGUCUCUGAUGGCUUCCAAACGUCCCCCGCUUCGUCCGAUGAUUCAUCGUGUCUAGAGCUCUCAUUUGUUUACGAAGUCAACGCUCAAGGUGACUAUGUUCGCAUAUCUAAGGGCUCUUCGAAAUCAUCGUCGCCUCCCACUCCGGAACAGUCUCCAAAACUGGCCCAAGCUUCGCCACCCAAGGUAUCCUCGCCGGCCCAGCAGUACAAACCACCUCCGCUCUCAAGAUCAGAGAGUCUUCCCGCUAGCUCACUCGAUCCUACACCGUCUACCGCCCCUCGAUCCUUCACACGGGUAGCUUCAGGUCCUAUUCAUACACCGGCAUCCUCGUCGUCUCGAAGUAGCUUUACCCCACUUUCUGUGGGUGGAGCUCUGCACAAAUCUGGAGGAGCUCGUCGUGUAAGGCUUGAGGCGUAUCAUGAAACGGAUGCCCUCGUACGCCCCCCGCCUGUUGAUGAGAAAGAGAACGUUCGCAGUUCGCUUCAAUCUCAUACUCCUCUAAAUCGGCCCAUCAUUCCCAUUCGUCAAUCGCGUAGCGCCAAUAAAAAGUAUGGGAUCGAGAAGAUCGUCGAAGAACAGAUUCUCGAAGAUCAGGACGGUUUUACCGAUGCUCGAUCACAUUCUGCCACUACUGGCAGACCGCGCCGCUCUGCGAGUCUUAGCAAUGCGUCUGGAACAGGUUCCAACCAAGAUCCGGGUCAAGAGUCGAGGCUUUCCAAUGUACAGUUCUACCAACAACAAUACAAUCGUCCUGGGACAAGCUCGGGAAUGGCGAACAAGUUGCCUGGCCGGGUAACAAUCGAGGAGAAGAUACGCCAAGAACGUCAGAUUGCUUUAGAGGAAGGGUAUGCUCGACGUGAAGCAGAGGAGCUCGUAGAAGCUGAACGGAAAGCCCAGUCAUCUCGUCAUUCGCCAUCCCCGACCCACGUAUCUUCAUCGCAUAUCCGGUCCUCUUACACUGGUCAUAAUCGCAGAAAUUCUGAUACGCUCCGGUCCCUCGCAGACCCACAGCCUGGUUCCCCAACAGUGGUUGAAUACUCUCGCAUUUCUCCUCCUGAUCUCAGUUGUGCACCUCCCUCCGCCUCUAGUCUUUCGUCUAUCCCCAGUCUUCGACAUAGAAGGAGUCCUACUGUGCCUGAGCCGCCUACCACGAGUGGGGCAACGGCACCUUCGAACGGAAUCGUGGCGAGUGCUGGCAAGACAUGGGCCGCUGGGGACGGACGAGAGAAGGAACAGGAAGAUCCAUAUGACUCUGCUGCGCAGGCGCGAAGUCUGCCCGCGUUGCCCUUGCCUCAGCUACCUGCUGCAGCUCCCGCGAAGCAGACACAGGUGGCACCUGCCCAACCGUCGCAGGGGCCAGCGCCUGUACCCGACGUUCGAUCGCGCAACAUGGUGGUCAACAAGAAAGCAUAUGCACGGUUAGAUAUGAUUGGUAAAGGCGGCUCGUCCCGGGUUUAUCGUGUGAUGAAUGGCGCGAAUGAGAUUUUUGCGAUCAAGCGUGUCUCCUUGGACAAAACUGAUGCCGAGACUAUGAAUGGCUACAUGAACGAGAUUGCCUUGCUUAAGCGGCUGGAGGGUAACGGCAGAAUCAUUCGCCUCAUUGAUAGUGAACUCAAGGCCGGUCCUGGUGGGUCCAAGGGCCACUUAAUGCUCGUUAUGGAGUGCGGCGAGAUUGAUCUCGCACGACUGCUGCAGGAACAGCAAAAGGAAGCUUUGGAUCUCGUUUGGAUUGCUUACUAUUGGAAACAGGCAAGUUCAAUGUUACAAGCCGUGCAUGUCAUACACGAGGAGAAAAUUGUGCAUUCUGACUUGAAACCUGCCAACUUUGUACUUGUUCGCGGUCAGCUGAAAUUGAUCGACUUUGGCAUAGCCAACGCGAUUGCGAAUGACACAACCAAUAUCCAGCGAGACCAUCAGAUCGGGACCGUAAAUUACAUGUCUCCUGAAGCAAUAGAGCUCCCCGAUGGGAUGCGUCGUUUGAAAGUUGGCCGGCCAAGUGACGUCUGGUCAUUAGGUUGUAUACUGUACCAGAUGGUUUAUGGACAUCCACCGUUCCAACACCUUUCAGUAUAUCAGAAGAUGAAGGCCAUUCCAGAUGGGACACAUGUUAUUGACUUCCCGGAAUAUUCUACGCCGUCAAUUCCGCCAUCGCGCUCGUCAGGAUCAGACGGUCUACAUUCUCCUCGGAGACUCGACCAUUUACGCGUACGCGUACCGGAUAGCGUCAUUGCAACGAUACGUAGCUGUCUUGCCCGAAACCCUAAGGAGCGCAUGGCGAUUCCUGAGCUGCUUCAACAAAGUUGGCUAGUGACUGGUGCUCCUGAGCCCUCUUCCCUACUAUCUGCACCCCCUCCAUUCAAAGAGGAUGAGGCAAUGAUCAAUCCAUUUUUUAUGCAGCAGUUGUUAAAUUAUGGAAUUAGCCUUGGCCAGCAAGGCCGGGAGAUGGACAGUGACGAAUUACUACGGGAAGCAGAGAUACUCGAGGCCUUCGAGAUCUUGAACAUGGUCGGUACAUGGAGUCCUAUGCGUCUAGGUCUCAGCCAGAAAGUGAUUCGCGCGUUGAAUACACACGCUCUUCACCAUAACGUAGCGGUUCCGCAGUUGAACAGAUCCUACUUAUAUGUUCCAACGUCGUCCGAUCGUAUGCUGCAGAAGUCCCUAUCAACCAACACGGAUAUCAUUAUUUAUGACUUAGAGGAUAGCGUCCCUCCGUCGGCUUCGGACAAGGAUAAUGCUCGUGAACGGCUACGAAAUCUGUUCAGCAGGCCUGCUGCAGAGCUCCCUCGGCCGGAGCGCGUUGCUGUACGGUUGAAUUCCAUCAACACGCCGUUCUUCCAGAAUGAUAUUGCACAGGCUCUCAGAAUACCCUCAAUAAGGACAAUUGUAAUGCCUAAAAUCCAUUCCGCACAGGACCUACAUCACGUCUCCCGUGAGAUAUAUGCGGCGACACAGUUUUAUGGUGUGCGUAAUCCACGGGAGCAGCCUGUUUGCAUUGUUGCGAGCAUUGAGAGUGCAAAAUCGAUGAUUAAUCUUCGAGAGAUAGCUGCAUGGCAAUCUGAGCAUGGACCUGUGUUAGGUGUGACAUUGGGAGCGCUGCUUUUUGCUGCAGAAGAUUAUUGUGCAGACACUUCCAUAAUACGGACAAAGUCGCGUCAAGAACUGCUUUACACUCGGUCGCAGAUUGCCAUAACUGCGAAGGCAUUUGCUUUGGACGCUAUAGACAUGGUUUGCGUCAAUUACAAGGACCUAGAUUAUCUGAAAGUGGAAUGUGAAGACGGACGACGGUUAGGUUUCAAUGGCAAGCAAGCCAUCCAUCCUACUCAGGUGGACAUCAUACAAUCGACGUUCGUUCCUGAUCAGAAGGAGAUUGUACGGGCAGCGAAAAUCUUGCACCGAAUGAAGCAAGCGCACAGCUCUCAAAAGGGCGCUAUAGGGCUUGAGCUAGAAGGAGGUGGGAAGGAGAUGAUCGAUGCACCCAUGAUUAAGCAGGCAGAAAAUGUUAUUCGGAUUGCGCAAGCUGCUGGACUGAAGAUCCCUGAUGUAGAGUGA